AUGAAUGGACAUCUUGAAGUAUUAAAAUAUUUACAUGAAUUAGGGUAUAAAGGAACAGAAUGGGCAAUUGAUGAUGCUGCAGAAAAUGGUCACCAUGAAGUAUUAAAAUAUUUACAUGAAUUAAGGUAUAAAAAAGGUAAUAAAGUUGAUUUUGCUGCAAGUAUAGGUAGAAAUGAUCUUAUUAAAUUAUUAAAUCAAUUAGGUGAAAAGGGUACAAAAGAUGUACAAAAAUAUUUACAUUCAUUAGGUUAUAAAGGUAUAAAAGAUGCAAUAGAUAAUGCUGUAAAAAAUAGUCACCUUGAAGUAGUAAAAUAUUUAAUUGAAUUAGGAUAUGAAUGUUAUGAAUGGAUAAUUCAUGUUGCUGUAGAAAAUGGUCAUCUUGAAGUAGUAAAAUAUUUACAUUCUAUUGGAUAUAGAGUAGAAGAAUGGGAAAUUACUAGUGCUGCAAAAUAUGGUCACCUUGAAAUAUUAAAAUACUUGCAUGAAUUAGGGUAUAGAGGUACAGAAUAUGCAAUUUAUCAUGCUGUACACAAAGAUCACCUUGAAGUUGUAAAGUAUUUAAUUGAAAAAGGGUAUAGAGGAGCAGAAGAUUCAAUUGAUUUCGCUGCAAGUAUUGGUCGAAUUGAAAUAGUUAAAUAUUUACAUGAAUUAGGGUAUAGAGGAACAGAAAAUGCAAUUAAUGAAGCUGCAGAAAAUGGUCACCUUGAAGUAGUAAAGUAUUUAUAUUCGAUGGGGUAUAGAGGAACAGAAUAUGCAUCAUCUAAUGCUGCAGAAAAUGAUACUAACAGUCUCUGUUCUACAAAAGGAUGUUACUCGUCAAAUUAUUGCUAUGUUGUAUCUGGUAAUGCAGUUUGCUCAUGUCCAUAUGGAUAUUAUUUACAACCAGAUAAAAGAACAUGUUUAGUUGGUAUGAAUUUUGUUGUAAUGAUACCUGAUCCGUUUAAAGUUUUUGUUGGUUGGAUAGACCAACAAGAAGAUAUGUUAUUUUGGCCCGUGUUGUUAUAUCUAGAUAUAUUUAUUUAUUUUUUGUGUAACCUAUUAGAACUCGGAUGUAAAGGCUUAAGUGACUUUGAAAUCUCAAAAGCAUACAGUUAA